AUGGGCAAUGGAGCAGUUGUUUACAUACUACGCUCCGAUCCAGGUCUUCAUUCUCCUAUGUAUUUCUUUCUUUGUAACCUGUCCAUCCUCGAGAUAGUCUACUCAUCUGUUACUAUGCCAAAAAUUCUUACCAACCUGUUAUCCGAGGAUAAAACAAUACCUUUUUUAUGUUGUGCAGUUCAGAUGUUCUUUUUUCUAGCAAUGGGGGCCACAGAGUGUCUUCUUCUGGCCGUUAUGGCACUAGACCGUUUCACAGCCAUCUGCCGACCUCUUUAUUAUAGCUUGGUUAUGAGUGUUCAGAGGUGCUUCCACCUGGCAGCUUUUUCAUGGUCAUCUGGGCUUUUUCUCUCCUUGGGUCAGACAGCUUUUAUCUUCAGCCUGACAUUUUGUGGCCCAAAUGUCAUUGACCACUUCUUUUGUGACAUACCUCCAGUCCUGAAGCUAGCAUGCACUGAGACAUACCUAAAUGAAGUUGCAAUUUUUAGCGCAUGUGUGGCCAUCCUUCUGACCCCAUUUUUGCUCAUUCUUGGAUCUUACACCCAGAUUAUUUCAACAUUACUGAGAAUGAAAUCAGUAGAUAGCCACAGAAAAGCCUAUUCUACCUGUGUGUCCCACCUGACUUCAGUGACACUCUUCUAUGGUACUGCUUCCUUCAUGUACCUUCGACCUCGGUCAUUGUACUCUUUACAUACUGAUCGGUUCCUGGCUCUCUUCUACAGUGUGGUGACACCCAUGUUAAACCCACUGAUCUACACUUUAAGGAACCAAGAGGUGAAGGCAUCACUGUUAAAGACCAGUAAACUAAUUCACCUUUUUUGUGAAAAAAAGUGA